AAGGCACCAUGAGGUGAAAGCUGGCAAAGAAACGGUACCCAAACGCUCAGGUAGUCGAAAAAUUUGCCAACCGUGCCAGUACUGCUCGUUCCGUCGCGCAAUAUGUGAUAACAAAAACCAACCCCAACGCCAUGUACGAUGUCCGGAAAUGAAGAACCCAACUCCCUCGAGUACAUAGAAGACCCGUACUUCAAUCCGCACGACAGUACGUUGACGCCAAGCUUAGACGAACCGGAUCACAACGAGUACCUGAGCGACUACGACUUAUUGGAGAACGAAUUGGAGCUGUUCGAUUUGCGACAGCUCGACUUCGACGAGAUAAACAGCAACAGUUUGGGCUCGUUGGGCAACGACGAGAGUGUUAAUGUGGAGGCGGAAUUUAUUACGGUGAAGAAGGCGAACGCGAUCAUCAGGACGUUCUUCAAGCGCAGGAACUUCAGACGGCAGGUUCGCGUUACGUACUGCGAUCUGACCAAGCCGUACCUGGCCAGGCUGCCCAAAGACAAUAACUUUAGGAAGUACUUAGAUAUUAGCAUGAACGGCAACGAGGAGGCAUCCAUUGCUGGAGAUCAUGUGGCUCCAGACCUAUCCCAUCUCACGCCCGAGGAGAAGGAGCAACAGGAGAAGGAGUGGAGGGAAGAGCUGGCCCAGAUCGACGACGAGAUCGCCACCUUGAGGACGGUACUGGCCUCCAAAAUGAAACGUAGUGCCGAACUGAAGAGGAACCUCGGCAUCACCUUCUUGAAGGAGGUAUCCGACGACAUCAAUCAGGGCAUCAAAAAUGUUAAGGAGAGCAACGUAUAUCAGACUGUGGAAACUAAAGUUGGGCAAGUGACCAAAGCUGUUACUGAUGCACCACUCUAUCAAAAAACAACAUCCGUUUUGGGAGGCAUCACCGGAAGCAUUACCAACAAAAUCGGUCAGAUGAGACACUCCGAAUCGUUCAAAUCCAUAGAAGAAAAAGUGGGCUCCGCCUACGAAAACGUUAAGACCAAGGUUGUUUCCCGUUCAAAUUCGACCCAAAGUCUGGACGAAGCAGGUCGUUCCAGGUCCGGUUCUGUAGUGACCAGUCCAACAAUACCUGAAGAGAAACCGUUGGCAUAAAUCAAUUAUCGGUUAUUAUGUUAUGAUGUCCAGCCAGAUUUGCCUUUACUAUGCUUGUCAAUGAAUUGCUCGACACUAAAGUUUUCUAUUAGUUCGUUAAAAUUAUCUUGGUAAUUUGUAAUGUAACUCUAAUCAUUUAAUCAGAAUAGAGUAAGAAUUACUACUUAUUUAUUUGCAUGAGUAAGUUGUGUUAUUUUUUGUGGCUCAAAUGAGGAUAAUCUAUUAAUGUACUACAAGUUGUAUAAUUUAUCAUUUAUCUGUCAAACAAAAAUGAUAAAGAAGACUUAAUUAGAGACCUUUUAGAUUUUGUACAGGUUCUUUAGAUUUAGUUUAUAAAUAUGCUAUUUUUGCAAUGGCACUAAUUAAACUAUUUUUAUCAACUAUGUUAGUUCUUUCUAUAUGUUAAUGUAAAAUAUCUAUAACACAAUAAAUAUAUUAAGAAUA